GCGCGGGGUGGGCGGCAGCCGAGGGCGGGCGGCGCGGGAGGAAGCUGCAGCGGUGGCUCCAUGGCCCGGGCGCGCUGAGGGACCCGGCUCUCGCCUCAGCCCGGCGGCGGCGGCGGCGACGGCGGCGGCGGCCGAACAAUGAAGCUCCUGAAGCCGACCUGGGUCAACCACAAUGGCAAGCCAAUUUUUUCAGUUGAUAUUCACCCUGACGGGACCAAGUUCGCAACUGGAGGACAAGGACAGGAUUCUGGGAAGGUUGUGAUCUGGAAUAUGUCUCCAGUCCUCCAGGAGGAUGACGAGAAGGAUGAAAAUAUUCCCAAGAUGCUUUGCCAGAUGGACAAUCACUUAGCAUGUGUGAACUGUGUGCGGUGGUCAAACAGUGGGAUGUAUUUAGCUUCUGGGGGAGAUGACAAACUGAUUAUGGUGUGGAAGCGGGCUACGUACAUUGGCCCCAGCACUGUGUUUGGUUCCAGUGGAAAGCUUGCCAAUGUGGAGCAGUGGCGAUGCCUCUCCAUCCUUCGGAGUCACUCAGGCGAUGUGAUGGAUGUAGCAUGGUCUCCCCACGAUGCCUGGCUGGCUUCAUGCAGUGUCGAUAACACCGUUGUCAUCUGGAAUGCUGUGAAGUUCCCAGAAAUUCUAGCUACCCUGAGAGGUCAUUCUGGCUUGGUUAAAGGGCUGACUUGGGACCCUGUUGGUAAAUACAUUGCCUCUCAAGCCGAUGACCGCAGCCUCAAGGUAUGGAGGACACUAGACUGGCAGUUGGAGACCAGCAUCACCAAACCUUUCGAUGAGUGUGGAGGAACAACCCAUGUAUUGCGGCUUAGCUGGUCACCUGAUGGGCACUAUCUGGUAUCUGCCCAUGCCAUGAACAAUUCUGGACCCACUGCACAAAUUAUUGAACGGGAAGGCUGGAAGACCAACAUGGAUUUUGUUGGGCACCGGAAAGCUGUGACUGUUGUGAAAUUUAACCCAAAAAUCUUCAAAAAGAAGCAGAAAAAUGGGAGUUCUGCAAAGCCCAGCUGUCCAUACUGCUGCUGUGCUGUCGGCAGCAAAGACCGGUCUCUCUCUGUCUGGCUCACAUGUCUAAAACGACCUUUGGUUGUCAUCCAUGAGCUGUUUGACAAAUCCAUCAUGGAUAUUUCCUGGACUCUGAAUGGACUAGGCAUCUUGGUGUGCUCCAUGGAUGGGUCUGUGGCCUUCCUAGACUUCUCCCAGGAUGAGCUUGGAGAUCCACUGAGUGAAGAAGAAAAGAGCCGCAUUCACCAAUCCACUUAUGGUAAGAGUUUGGCCAUCAUGACCGAGGCCCAACUCUCCACAGCUGUCAUCGAGAACCCUGAGAUGCUCAAAUACCAGCGGAGACAGCAGCAGCAGCUGGACCAGAAGAGUGGCACUGCCAGAGAAACAGGCUCAGCUGCCUCAGUGGCCGGUGUUGUCAAUGGUGAAAGUCUUGAAGACAUCAGGAAGAAUCUUUUAAAGAAACAAGUUGAGACUCGAACAGCAGAUGGUCGGAGGAGAAUCACGCCUCUCUGCAUAGCACAGCUGGACACUGGGGACUUCUCCACAGCGUUCUUUAACAGCAUCCCACUCUCGGGCUCCCUGGCAGGCACCAUGCUCUCCUCUCAUAGCAAUCAGCAACUACUGACUUUGGACUCCAAUACUCACAACUCAUUUGGCGCUUCAAAGCCUUCCACAGAACCUGUGGCAUCAGCCAGCACCAGACUUGUGGGAGACUCUGUCAGUAAAGACAGUAUGAAUGCUACCUCGACUCCUGCUGCAUCAUCGCCCUCUGUGUUAACAACCCCAUCAAAGAUCGAACCUAUGAAAGCAUUUGACUCCCGAUUCACUGAACGGUCCAAAGCUACACCAGGUGCUCCUACCUUGUCCAGUGUGACUCCAACAGCUGUGGAAAGGUUGAAAGAACAUAACCUUGUGAAAGAACUGCGGCCCCGGGACCUCCUUGAGAGCAGCAGUGACAGUGAUGAGAAGGUCCAUGUGACAAAGUCCUCCUCACUGUCCAAGCGAAAACUUGAGCUUGAGGUGGAGACAGUGGAGAAGAAGAAGAAAGGGCGGCCUAGGAAGGACUCCCGGCUCAUGCCUGUGUCUCUCUCUGUCCAGUCCCCAGCUACCCUCACCGCCGAAAAGGACUCUGUGUGUUUGUCUGUCCCAGCGCCUGCUCUGAAGCUGCCCAUGCCAGUUCCCCAGAGAGCAUUUACCCUCCAGGUGAGCUCUGACCCCUCCAUGUACAUUGAGGUGGAGAAUGAAGUGACGACUGUGGGAGGUGUGAAGCUGAGUCGCUUGAAGUGUAACCGAGAAGGGAAAGAGUGGGAGACAGUACUCACCAGCCGAAUCCUCACUGCAGCCGGCAGCUGUGAUGUGGUGUGUGUCGCCUGUGAAAAGAGGAUGCUGUCAGUGUUCUCCACCUGUGGUCGCCGCCUCCUCCCUCCCAUCCUCCUGCCGUCCCCGAUCUCCACUUUGCACUGCACGGGCUCCUAUGUCAUGGCGCUCACUGCUGCAGCCACGCUGUCUGUCUGGGAUGUUCACAGACAGGUGGUUGUGGUGAAAGAAGAAUCUCUACACUCCAUCUUGGCAGGAAGUGACAUGACAGUGUCACAGAUCUUGCUGACACAGCAUGGAAUUCCAGUGAUGAACCUGUCUGAUGGGAAGGCAUACUGCUUCAAUCCGUCACUUUCUACGUGGAAUCUGGUUUCUGACAAGCAAGACUCCCUGGCUCAGUGUGCAGACUUCAGGAGCAGCCUGCCCUCUCAGGAUGCCAUGCUGUGUUCAGGACCCUUAGCCAUAGUCCAAGGCCACGCCUCCACUUCUGGAAGGCAGGCGGCUCGUCUCUUCUCCGUGCCUCAUGUGGUACAGCAGGAGACCACCCUCGCCUACUUGGAGAACCAGGUUGCAGCAGCCCUCACUCUGCAGUCCAGCCAUGAGUACCGCCAUUGGCUCCUCCUCUACACGCGGUACCUAGUAAAUGAAGGGUCUUCGGAAGAGGGAGCUGUUGAAGGAGCUGCUGCCAGUCAUCGGGCAAAACCUCCGCUUCCAGCGCCUCUUCACAGAGUGUCAGGAGCAGCUCGACAUCCUACGGGACAAGUAGUCUGCCCCAGCCUUCCCUGGCUGCCUCAAAGGUUAGGCCACCCUCUCUCCACUGACGACCCUCGGAGCCGCUUCUCACCUUGUCAGGCUGCAGUAGGACGAGGAGGCAGUGGCAGGAAGUGGUGUCCUGCACUGACCCAGCUCCCUGAGCUGGCUUCCCCCACGCCUGGGGCCUGCUGUUCUUUCCGAAGCGGGCAGCUCUACCCACGACUUUCCCUCCCUCCAGGAUCCCCCUAUGGGGCUAGGGCUGGAGCUCUACUCUGCUGCCCUGCGGUCAGUGAGGCACUUUCAGGCCCACCGUCUCUUGCACGGUCCCAAGGUGGACACUAGCCCCUGCUGCUGCAGGGGCCGUGUUGCUUCAGCUAUGAUGAAUGAGCCAUUUGUGAAAGAGAAUCCUGAAACAGUGUAUUAUGCAGUCAAUAGACGGACCUAAGACCUAUGUAAAGGGAAAGGCUAUUCCAACACACGGACUAUUUUUGUACUAGAAUUUGCUAACUUGUAAUAUGGAAUUUUCUUUUUGGCCAAUAAUCAGGAUUUCCCUAUAAGUCACUUGGACAUGGAUACUUGUAGGAAAUUUAAACUCUAAUUAUGACAGCUACAUUGAAAAAUAAUUGUACUGAAAUUAACUUGUCUAUCUUCAUUUGGUUUUUAUUUUUAAAUGUUUGUAAAAAGAAACUUUUUUGGGGAAUAGGGCAGGGGGUGGGCGAUUUCUUUUGUAAGUGUAAAAUAAA